AUGGAUUGGGAAAAAGGAGAACAUUUAAGAACUUGUCCGUUAUAUGAAGGUGUUGAAGUUGUUGUAUCUGAUACUUCUGAAGACGAAGAUGAAUCUUACGAAGAAAAUAUUUCAACAUUUGAGGAAGAAAAUGUUAUUAUUUCCGAUGAAAUAGAUUCUUCUUCAGAUGACCUUGUCUCUGACUCAUCUGAUGAAGAACAAACAUCAUCUGAUGAAAAUGAUUUUCCUGAAGAAUCUACAUUAUCUGAAGAAUCUAUUUCAUCCGAAAAAUCGACUUUAUCUGAAGAAUCGUCAUCAUCUGAAAAAUCGACAUCAUCCAAAGAAUCUACAUCAUCUGAAGACGAUAUAUCUUCUGAUACACCUGAAGAUUCUUAUGAUCCUUAUGACUUGUCUGAUUAA